AUGGCUUCCAAAGCACUUCCCUCCCGUAGCGGCCCUGACAGCAAGGCCACUACUACAGGUCCCCCCAGCCAGACGCUCUACUGCACCAACCUACCCGAUAAGCGAAUCUGCAAGAACGAUCUGCGAACCUCGCUCUACACUCUUUUCUCCACCUACGGUACCGUGCUCGAUGUCGUGGCCAUGAAGACCAACAAAAUGAGGGGCCAGGCCCACAUCGUUUUCAAGGAUGUUCAAGCUAGCACACAAGCCCUGCGGGCCUUGCAAGGAUUUGAGUUCUAUGGGAAACAAAUGAAAAUUGUGUAUGGCAAGGGCCAAUCAAAUGUCAUUGCUAAACUCCGUGGCACUUACAUUGCGCCCAAAGAUGCUGCCCCAGCUCCCGUCUCGACGGAUCUUCAGAAGUCCAUCUUCAGUGGUCCCCCGGGUGCACUUCCAGCCCGACCACCCACCGAGGCCGGAGAAGGGCAAGGUCUGAAACGUGCACGUGAGGAGGAAAGUGACGACGAAGAGGCACCUAUGGAUGAGGACAGUGAUGUGCCAAUGGAAGCAUCUUCGGAUGAAGAUUAA